AUGCAUGCCUGCACCACACCCUACCGGGCCCUCAGCCCCAGGCGAUAUACCUGGACACUCUCGACCCCGGGUCGGUCCCUGACAGCCACCCACCUACGUCCACAGCACCUCUGGACCUCUACCAUCAUACCCCCACCUCCUUGGACCCCUUGUUCGAAGGAGAUGGGCUUGCUCAUUGUUGAUGAAUCCCAACUUGUCAUUCCAUCCCCCUUCCUACCUCCGGUACCUCCUCAUUCCUAUCUUACCUCCGGUCUUGAUAAUCUUAUUGUUUUAUCAUUUGAUAUUUUCUACAACCCCAAUCUUCUGGACUACAACUUCCAGGCUCCGGACCUUUCCGGACGCCUCUUCUCUUUCCCCAGUUAUAAUAUAAACAGUCUUCAGCCCUCCAAUAACCUCUUCCAGGACGUCUAUCGCAUCCCACUCGUCUGUCACUCCCAAGAACCGAGUAACAGGCACUCCCAGAGACGCCUUGGUAUAACACCCAACGAAUCGCAUGACGAACGAUUGACCCUCGCUAACGCCUCCUCCAUUAAGUACUCCCCUGACAAAUGGGGACAACGAGAACGUACUGGGCACAGUGCUCCAUUCCGAGUCACUGAAGCUGAGUCCCUUCAACACCCCAUCACCCUCGGAGCUCCACCCCACCUCUGCGUCGCCUGGAUAGCGAUCGACCUAUCCUCUUCAAGGAAAGACGUUCAUGACAGGAAGCCUAACACUGUUCAAUGUGACCCUCCAUAUCGACAAUCCACCACUCUUUUCGGAGUUUUCCAAACCACGCUCAGUCCCCAAAGUACCGCUCAACAUACAGAUGGCAUACAAUCAGAUGAACCUCCAUUUUUGUCUGACGAUAAUGAGCCAUCCGAUGUCCCCUUCAGUGCUGCACUUGCCCACACUCUCACUGGGGAGAUUCCUGAGGGCCAUCUGCUUCAGCUGGGCAUGAAAUCCAUUCAGCCCCAACCUACGCUUGCAAAUGAACUGGAUAACAACUUUCCUGAGGAGGAUGCCAAUGAUAUGGGUUCUAAUUCAUUGCUUGGUGAUGGUUCAAGUGAUGAUGACUACAAUGGCAGCUUGGCUGAAGCUGUCAUAUCCAUACAAUCCCGACCUCCACUCCGGGCUCCUGGAACUCCGAAACUGAUUCCGGAGCCCUACUUCCCUUCCGUCACCUUCCCCUUGCCGACUCCCAAGAGGUUAUCCCACCUCCGGCUCCGACACCACCUUUGGUCUGACUCUGGAACAUUCCAGGUCCAACCUCAACCUCAACACCUCCCAGACAAGCAUGCAACACCUAUGCUCCCGACUCCGGACCUCUGCUCCGGAAUCCCGGUUGCGUCUCUGUCUCCGGAACCUCCGGUCUUAGCUCCGACCUUGGACUUUGACCCCACCUCCGCUUAUACCCAUUGUAGUGGUUAG